AUGAGCAGGUCUACGAUAUCCUACGAGGAUGUUCGCGAAGGAAAGAGCGGAGGAAUCAACCCAGACACCAGCACCAUCGCCCCACGGGAAGAGCAAUCCCUCGAACGAGUCCAUCAACUGUUACCAGAAGCUGGCGAGAAACCAGACCUCUACAGCUUGAUCUCUGUGCACGACUUCGAAGAUGUCGCUCGGAACGCUUUAGCGCCCAAAACAUGGGCCUUCUACUCGUCUGCAGCUACCGAUCUUGUCUCACAUCAGGCCAAUCUCAUGUGCCAUCGAAGGUUGUUGCUGCGCCCACGCGUCCUUCGCGAUGUAAGGCAGGUGAAGACGAAGCGCAAGAUCCUUGGCCACGAGUCCAGCAUACCAGUGUUCUUCAGUCCAGCUGCGAUUGCCAAAUUAGCGCAUCCUGAGGGCGAGAUCGCUGUAGCGAGAGCCUGUGGUAAUCAAGGGAUUGUCCAGAUUGUAUCAAGCAACGCUUCCUACCCCCUCGCCGACAUCGUCUCCGCAGGCUCACCCGACCAACACUUUUGGCUGCAACUGUAUGUCAACUCUGAACGACACAAGACCGAGCAACUGCUGCACCACGCUCGAGAACUUGGCGUCAAAGCUGUCGUGGUCACCGUCGAUGCUCCUGUCCCAGGCAAGCGCGAAGCGGAUGAGCGGAUAGCAGCAGAGAAUGUUGCGGCAGCUAUCAGUGGUGCAAUGGCUACGAAUGACAAGAAAGGAGGAGGUCUGGGUCGAGUGAUGGCAAAAUACAUUGAUGCGUCGCUGAACUGGGAGGAUCUCGCUUGGAUAAGGCGAGUCUCUGGACUCCCGGUUGUCUUGAAAGGCAUUCAGACUGCGAGCGAUGCACAGAGAGCAGCGGACUAUGGCGUGGAGGCAAUCUUGCUCAGCAAUCACGGCGGGAGAUCUCUCGACACGACACAACCUGCGUUGGUGACCCUGCUUGAGAUGCACAAGUGUUGUCCGGACGUGUUCCAGAAAUUGGAGGUCUACGUCGAUGGGGGCUUCACUCGCGGCACAGACGUUCUCAAGGCUGUAGCACUGGGUGCCACGGCUGUUGGGAUCGGGAGGCCAUGGCUAUAUAGCUUGUGCUACGGACAGGAGGGUGUGGAACACCUGAUCGAUAUCGUGAAAGACGAGCUCGAGACGUCGAUGAAGCUAAGUGGCAUCACGGACAUCGAUGAGGCUUCUCCGGGCAUGGUGAAUACAUCGAUGCUGGAGCCUUUGAUCCGUGAAUCGGACAGCCAUCCUUGGAUCAAAUGGAAGCCGAUCGCGAGGUUGUAG